AUGCCGCUGCUGAUAUUCAAACGGAAGCAACAGAGGCAGUUUAUUCAGGCGAUGUGCCAGCCACGCCGCAGCACGCCGUUUCUAUCCCUGGCGGUGUUUUUGCUGCUGUUGGUGUGUUGUGCCGCUGGGUGCCUCGCCGUCGCUCCCGCCCGGAAGCACCGCUGCGGGUUUGCCGAGAUGAUGGGGAGGGACCCGCCGCCGACUGCGGUGGUGCGUGAUGUGCCGCGCAGAGGACAAGACGCGAUGCAGGCCUACACCGUCGCCGCACAAGGCGUGGGGAGUGAGUGGGCCCCGAUCCGUAUCAAGGUGUCUGCGAAGGAUAUGGACGACCCGUCGAAGCACUGCACCGUGGAGGGGGAUAUGAGCAUGCCUGAUGGCAGCAGGGUGAAGUGCACAGAGGACGAUCUGUUGACGGAGGCGAAGAAGGACAUUGUUUUGAAGCAACUCCUCCCGGCAGCAAUUAAGAUGCACACCGAUCGUCUCUCCGUGAAGCCUAUGGUGGAUCCCAUCCGUAUGCCCAUGCCAGAUGAUGGUAUAGGGGCGUGCAGCGAUUUCACCAUCCCUUCCUGGCACCACACGAUCGGCGUGAGCGGCGCCGACAUGAUCCUCUACGUCAACGCUUUCCUAGGUAGGGAAUUCGUUGCAGUGGCGGAAGUAUGCGCCACUCUAAAGGACGGACGUCCGUACGCUGGCGUCGUAAACUUUGCUCCCCGGCACAUAAGGGCCACUGAUCGCUUUGUUCGUACUGCAGCGCAUGAGAUUGGGCACGUUCUUGGGUUUUCGUUCAAACAGUUUUCAAAGUUCAAUAUGCUCUCCAAUGUUUCCAAUGUGCGCGGGAAGAAGGAGGUGUGGGUGGUUUCCUCACCGAAGGUGAAGGAGCUGGCGAGGAGGUACUACAACUGCCCCACACUUGAGGGCAUGGAGCUGGAGGAGGGGGGUGGUAAGAGAGAAAAGCUGAGCCACUGGAAGAAACGCAACGCAAGGGACGAGUUGAUGGCUCCUGGGGUCCCGUACACGUAUUACUCAGCAUUUACGCUUGCUGCAUUUGAGGACAUGGGUGUGUACAAGGCUAACUACGGCAUGGCGGAUACGUUGCGGUGGGGCAACAACUCUGGUUGCGGGCUGCUGGAAAAUAAGUGCUUGACCAACGGCCGCACCGACUACCCUGACAUGUUCUGCAAACAAAACGUCAGUGACAACAGGCUGCUCUGCACGUAUGAUCGUCUUUCUCUGGGGUACUGUGACGUACUCACUCAACAGCCCCUUCCACCGCAGUUUCAGUACUUUGAUAACCCCAUACAUGGAGGUACUUUGCAGAUUAUGGACUACUGUCCGUAUGUUAUGGGGCGUGGGGCGUCUGGGUGUAUAAACGGUGACUCUAAAAGGUUCCCUGGAAGCUUCAUUGGCUCGAGCUCACGGUGCGUAAAGGGGGAGAGGCUUCUUUUUGAUAACAAAGAGAUUGGCGAUGUGUGUGUGAACACACAGUGCAGUGAGGGUAAGCUGAGGGUGCAGUUCCUUGGCGACGGUACGUGGCACGACUGCAAUGAGGGCGAGACGGUUGCGCCGCCAGGGGGCAAAUGGCGUGGAAGCAUCAGGUGCCCCAAAUAUGCCGACGUGUGCGCAGCCUUCCCUAACACCAGUGAUCUCCCAAUACCAGUCGUUGCCCCGCCACUGGCGGAGAAGCCAAACCCUGCAGACACAAAUGAUGAAUCAGGCGGCACCAAUCGUGAUACCGGUGCCUCGCCCUCAACGCAUCAAUCGCGCAAUACCAGUAAGAAACGCAACCCAACCAGCAUGCGUGAUGAGUCCGGUGCCUCGCCCUCAACGCACCAAUCGCGCAAUACCAGUAAGAAACGCAACCCAACCAGCAUGCGUGAUGAGUCCGGUGCCUCGCCCUCAACGCACCAAUCGCGCAAUACCAGUAAGAAACGCAACCCAACCAGCAUGCGUCGUAAGUCCGGCACCUCGCCCUCAACGUAUCAGUCGCGCAAUACAAGCCAGGAACGCAAUCCAACCAGCAUGCGUGAUGAGUCCGGUGCCUCGCCCUCAACGUAUCAGUCGCGCAAUACGUCGGCGCCUGCCGCUCCAGCAGCACCCACUCCGAACCACUCCGGGAAAAGCGGCGGUGGAGGCAACGGAAAUCGUGGAGAGAAGGAAUUUGGACUCGGUGACACUUCAGUUGUGGCUGUUGGCCUCAGUUCCCUUGCGCUUCUUGCCGUUGCCACCGCCGUGGCGAUGGCGCCUCUCUAA